GAGGGGGGUACUCAGCAGUUGGUGCUGCUCCUUCCCUUCCCAGCAGGCGGUCCGGACACUGGUUUACUUCUCUCCCCACGCCUUUCACUGGUUCACCCCCCUUCCUUCCCCUUCUCCCCCUCUGUGAAGUCCCUCCCCCUCGCCAUUGAAAAGGGCUGGCUCGGCACUGGCUCCUUGCAGUCGGCGAACUGUCGGGACGGGAGGAGCCUUAAGCCUGAGCUGCAAGCAGCUGCCCGCGCGGCAAAGCUGAAGGCAAGCCAAACCGAGUGCGCUGAGUGGCAGCGGCGACCCAGGCAGCACCCGCAGCCCGGGCGGCCCGAAAAGCCUCAGAAACUGCCUCAGCGACUCCGGCUGCUCUGCGGACUGCGAGCUGUGGCGGUAGAGCCCGCUACAGCAGUCGCAGUCUCCGUGGAGCGGGCGGAAGCCUUUUUCUCUCCUUUCGUUUACCUCUUCAUUCUACUCACAGAGGCUUCGAUCAGUGGUUCUCUGUGGGUGAAAACAAAGAACUGUUAUAAGUGUGCCUGUUAUGGACUUGUUGUCCGGGACGUAUAUAUUUGCGGUCCUGCUAGCAUGCGUCGUGUUCCAGUCUGGCGCCCAGGAGAAGAACUACACCAUCCGAGAAGAAAUGCCAGAAAACGUCCUGAUAGGCGACUUGUUGAAAGACCUUAACUUGUCCCUGGUUCUAGACAAGUCCUUGAAAUCUCCUAUGCAGUUCAAGCUAGUCUACAAGACCGGAGAUGUGCCACUGAUUCGAAUUGAAGAGGGUACUGGUGAGAUCUUCACUACUGGCGCUCGCAUUGAUCGUGAGAAAUUAUGUGCUGGUAUCUCAAUGGAUACUGAAUGCUUUUAUGAAGUGGAGGUUGCCGUUUUGCCGGAUGAAAUAUUUAGACUGAUUAAGAUACGUUUUCUGAUAGAAGACAUAAAUGAUAAUGCACCAUUGUUCCCAGCAACGGUUAUCAACAUAUCAGUUCCAGAGAACUCGGCUAUAAACUCUAGAUAUGCUCUCCCAGCGGCCAUUGAUCCUGACGUAGGAAUAAACGGAGUUCAAAACUACCAUCUAAUUAAGGGUCAAAACAUUUUUGGCCUCGAUGUCAUUGAAACGCCAGAAGGAGACAAGGUGCCACAUCUGAUUGUUCAAAAGGAGUUAGAUAGGGAAGAGAAGGAUACCUACGUGAUGAAAGUAAAGGUUGAAGAUGGUGGCUCUCCUCAAAAAUCCAGUACAGCUAUUUUGCAAGUAAGUGUUACUGAUAUAAAUGACAACCACCCAGUCUUUAAGGAGGAGGAGAUUGAAGUCAGUAUACCAGAAAGUGCUCCUGUAGGUACUUCAGUGACUCAACUCCAUGCCACAGAUGCUGACAUAGGUGAAAAUGCCAGGAUCCACUUCUAUUUCAGCAGUCUAGUCUCCAACACUGCCAAGAGAUUAUUUCACCUCAAUGCCACCACUGGACUUAUCACAAUCAAAGAACCACUGGACAGGGAAGAAUCACCAAGCCACAAGUUACUGGUUUUGGCAAGUGAUGGCGGAUUGACUCCAGCAAAAGCAAUGGUGGUGGUAAAUGUUACAGAUGUCAAUGAUAAUGUCCCAUCCAUUGACAUAAGAUACAUCAUCAAUCCAAUCAAUGGCACUGUUGUUCUUUCAGAAAAUGCUUCACUCAACACCAAAAUUGCUCUCAUAACUGUGACGGAUAAGGAUGCAGACCAUAAUGGCAGGGUGACGUGCUUUACAGAUCUUGAAACCCCUUUCAGAUUAAGACCAGUAUUCAGUAAUCAGUUCCUCCUGGAGACUGCAGCAUUUCUUGACUAUGAGACCACAGAAGACUAUGCCAUUAAAAUACUGGCUACAGAUGCUGGCCAACCUCCUUUGAAUGAGUCAUCUAUGCUCCUCAUCAAACUGAAAGAUGAAAAUGACAAUACUCCAGUUUUCACCCAGUCUUUCGUAAGUCUUUCUGUUCCUGAGAAUAACUUUCCUGGUGCACAGUUGACGAAAGUAAGUGCAACAGAUAUAGACAGUGGGCCUAAUGGGGAGAUCAGUUACCUGCUAGGCACUGAUGCGCCACCUGAGUUCGACCUGGAUCGUCGUACAGGCAUGCUGACUGCAGUGAAGAAACUAGAUAGAGAAAAACAGGAAAAAUAUUUAUUCACAAUUCUGGCAAAAGACAACGGGGUGCCACCCUUAACCUCCAAUGUCUCCGUCUUUGUAAAUGUUCUUGAUCAGAAUGACAAUAGCCCAGUUUUCACUCACAAUGAAUACAAUUUCUAUGUCCCAGAAAACCUUCCAAGACAUGGGACAGUAGGACUAAUCACUGUAACUGAUCCUGAUUAUGGAGAGAAUUCUGCAGUUACUCUCUCCGUUUUAGACAUGAAAGAUUCCUUCACCAUUGAUUCACAAACUGGUGUCAUCCGACCAAAUAUUUCAUUUGACAGAGAAAAACAAGAAUCUUACACUUUCUAUGUAAAGGCUGAGGAUGGCGGUAGAGUAUCACGUUCUUCAAGUGCCAAAGUAACCAUAAAUGUGGUUGAUGUCAAUGACAACAAACCAGUUUUUAUUGUCCCUCCUUCCAACUACUCUUACGAAUUGGUUCUACCAUCCACUAAUCCAGACACAGAGGUCUUUAAGGUAAUUGCUGUUGACAAUGACACUGGCUUGAAUGCAGAGAUUCGUUACAGCAUUGUAGGAGGAAACACAAGAGAUCUGUUUGAAAUCGACCAAGUAGCAGGCAACAUAACACUGAAGGAGAAAUGCGUUGUUACAGACCUUGGUUUACACAAACUGUUGGUCAAAGCUCAGGACUUAGGACAACCUGAUUCUCUCUUCAGUGUUGCAAUUGUCAAUCUGUUUGUGAAUGAGUCACUGACCAACGCUACACUGAUUAAUGAACUGGUGCAUAAAAGCACUGAAUCGCCAGUGACCCAAAAUAUUGAGAUAGCUGAUACAUCCUCACCAAUAAGUGACUAUGUCAAGAUCCUGCUUGCAGUUCUUGCUGGCAUCAUAACUGUCAUUGUAGUUAUUUUCAUCGCUGCUGUAGUAAGAUGUCACCAUGCACCACGCCUUAAGGCUGCUCAGAAAAACAAGCAGAAUUCUGAAUGGGUUACCCCAAACCCAGAAAACAGGGAGAUGAUAAUGAUGAAGAAAAAGAAGAAGAAGAAGAAGCAUUCCCCUAAGAACCUGCUGCUUAAAUUGGUCACUAUUGAAGAAACUAAGACAGAUGAUGUUGACAAUGAUGGAAACAGUGUCACACUAGACCUUCCUAUUGAUCUAGAAGAGCAAACCAUGGGCAAGUACAAUUGGAGCACUACACCCACUACUUUCAAGCCUGACAGCCCUGAUUUGGCCCGACACUACAGAUCUUCCUCUCCACAGCCUGCCUUCCAGAUUCAGCCUGAAACUCCCCUGAAUUCAAAGCACCACAUCAUCCAAGAACUGCCUCUUGAUAACACCUUUGUGGCCUGUGAUUCAAUCUCCAAGUGUUCCUCAAGCAGCUCUGAUCCCUACAGUGUUUCUGACUGCAACUAUCCAGUGACAACCUUCAAGGCAACUGUGUCUGUACACGCCAGACCGACUGAUUCCAGUACAUCACCUAUUGAAAUCUGCAGUGAGAUAUAACUUUCUAGGAACAGCAAAAUUCCAUUCCCCUUCCAAAAAAUUUCAAUGAUUUGUGAUUUCCAAAUUAGGCUAAGAUCAUUAAUUUUGUGAUUUAGAUUUCCCAUUGAAAGCAAACAAACAAAAACCAUCUUAAAAAUGAUGUCCCAUGUUCUUUCUUUAGCUGUAAUCUGGUAAUGGAAAUUUAAAAUUUAUGGAAGAGACAGUGCAGUGCAAUAACAGAGUUCUCUCAUGCUGUUUCUCUGUUUGUUUGCUCUGAAUGUCAACAGCUGUGAUGUAAUAUAAUGCUGUCUUGGUAUAUACACUUAUGGUAAAUAUAUCAGUCAUGAAACAUGCCAUUACUUGCCCUGAUUGUUGAAUAAUUAAAGCAUUAUCUCUGGGAGUUUGGAAGUGAAGCUGAACUAUCCAAGCUACUCUCUGAAAAGUAUCCAGGGCAAGAGGUUUUUUUUAAGACCCCAAACAAACAAAAAAUGAAACCAAAAACUCUGGUUCAGUUUUUUGAAAAUAUUCACUGAUAUAAUGUUACUGAGAAAAUCACUGUAAUUACCCACUUCUCUGCUUAGAAGUUGAAUGAUAGAAAAUAAUUUUACUAGGUUUUUAUGUUGGUUGUAAUCAUGCUGUUCCACUCCUUUUAGUCAUUAGAAAGUUAUUUUUUGCCGGGCGCUGUGGCUCACGCCUGUAAUCCCAGCACUUUGGGAGGCCGAGGCAGGCGGAUUACCUGAGGUCAGGAGUUUGAGACCAGCCUGGCCAACAUGGCAAAACCCCGUCUCUACUAAAAAAUACAAAAAUUAGCCGGGCGUGGUGGCAGGCGCCUGUAAUCCCAGCUACUCGGGAGGCUGAGGCAGGGAGAAUUGCUUGAACCCGAGGCAGAAGUUGCAGUGAGCCGCUAUCAUGCCACUGCACUCCAGCCUGGGUGACACAGUGAGACUCUGUCUUGUAAAACAAAAAAGGAAAAAAAAGUUAUUUUUGUCGUAAUAAUGUUUUCUUUCUCUAUAAAAAUUUUAAAAUAAAGAAGUCCUUUCCAUUUUUAUCUGUCAAAAGGAGACUGUAAAGUUCUUUUUACUCCCUGAUAUUUUGAAAAAUAGUAUAAUGAUAUUUCUUAUGAAACAUAAUUCCAGUCAUAUGAAGGUGGAAAUAAGGAUUGAGAUAGGAGAUUUCAAAGAGAUUUUAUCUCGAUUUUGAAACUACCUAAGAAAAAUGUGAGUUUGCUAGAGUAACUUAUUUAAAUAAGUCUAUUUAUUUCUCUAGCAUUAAAUUACUAAUUAUAUAUCAUUUCUUUAAUUUUUCCUUUAAAGUUAACUCUUCACAGUAAAUCAACUAACUCAUUUUGUACACAAAUGAGAAAUUCCUCAUAUUUUGUGUACAUUAUGUUUUACUGAGAAAAAAAUGACAUGUUCCAAUUUUAUGCUAUAUUCUUAAACUUUUUCUGACUUACUAACAGUACUAACAGAAAUUUUUAAAAUCAUGAUUUAUUGAGAUAAAAAGGGAGUACAAAGGACCCUUAUAAUGACUACAUAACAUAUGCUUCUUGAAUUUUUAUUCAAAUGUUAAUUAUGUAUCAUUCUAUCUUGAAAAGUGUGAAUAGGAUUUGGUCUGUUUUGUAUGUACAUUAAAAUUAGUGUGUUAAUUUGAAGUGUUCUUUGAUGUAAUGGUAUAUAGAAAAGUUUUAUGCUCUGUUCAGUAUUUCAAAUUAGUGUAACUCUUGGGUGUUUAAUAUAUAGGUAAUACUUUAAACAAGUUUCUGUUAAAAUUGAGUAUUCCCAUUAGCUCCAUACAGAAUCCCUUGUAUUUCCAAUGAUGUCAGGUUCCUUGAAUGUACAUGCUAUCUGGUUGUUUAAACAUUACUUAGUGGAUUAUAAUUACUGUGGGUGUAACUACUUUUACUGGUAAUGUGAGGUGUCAUGUGAGUUACAAUAUUGUGUUACAUACUUAUAAACAACUGUUGUAGGAAAAUUGCUUAAAAUUAAAAUAUACCUUUGUACAAGUUAUUCACAUAGAAAAAGUUUGCAGUUCCUCCCUUUUAUUCUUGAUGAAUAUUUCAGUUUCGUUCAGAUCAUUCCAAGGAAUGUAAAAAUUAAGCCAACUUAGUAUAUUCCUAAAAUCAGUGCCCUGCAGGUAGCAAGAUAUACCUAGAAUGAAGGUUUCCAAAAUCUAAAGUUUCAAUUUUAUUUUGAAUAAAAUAACAAAGCCCAGAAAAGUGAAUCAGAAGUUGAAAUAUCCCAUAAUAAGCUGCCAUGUCUUCAUGAUCAUUAGUGUAUGUAAUUUUUAUACAAAUGCAUUUGCAUUUUGAUUGCUCGUGUCAUGACUCUCCUGGCCUUUCCUUUUCUGCACCCUCUGAACUAAGGUAGAAUACCUUGUUUUUCUUCCAUUUCAGUGAACCUUUCCUUCAUAACUGUAACGAGUAAAGGCCUUAUGACUCCUUUGUGUAUAUGAAGAUGAAAAUUCCUUGAAAUAAUUAUCCAGAAUCUCUUUAAAAGCAUUCCUCAAUGGUUUGAUGAGUGCUGUAUUUGAAGAAGAUGAAAAUAGACACUUUAUUUUUAAAGCUGUGACUCGAUGUCUUAGAAUGCAGUGUCUCUGAGAAAGGAGCUUCUAAACUGACUUCUGCUUUAGGCUAAAAUAUUUACCCAUAUAAGCCAAUGAUAGUACUAAGAUUUAACAGUAUUUAAAUUUGAGCCAUAGAUGAAAAUGAAUGCUAUUUUUGACUAUUAACUAUUCUUGAUCUAGCCUUUGCUUUUGUUUGAGAGAUUAUCUCCAUUUGAGAACGAUAUAGAAGGCAUCGAAACUAGUUUUCCACAAAGGCCAGAGGGCAAAAAUAUCUAUUUCCUUACUUGAUUCCUUCUUAUCAGUAGACUUAGGGGCACCUUUAAUUUAAUUGUCAUUAUUAUAUUACAUUUACCUCACAAGAUCACAGAUAUCUUCCAACAUUUUGUGUUGUCAUUAAUAGAUUCCUGGAAUAUUCUCAAUGAAAUGUUCUUGAUGGUCUCUAUGGUUCUUAUUCUAGUCAUGCACAGAAAAAGACAGAAAGAUAGCAAAUCUUAAGACUCCUCAUCAUAGAUUAAUAAAAGGAACUUUUAGUGAACUUUAUCUAUUAAAUUACAAGUAGCCUAAUUGAAGAGCUACAGUAUACUGUAUUCUUUCUCCCCUUUAAGCACUCAAAGAAAUAUUACUUAAUUUGAUCAAAAUCUAUAGUUCAUAAAUUGAACAAAAAAUUCUGAAAUAUAUUAUCUCAUUUAUUUUAAUUAUGCAAGUUUAUUUUUAAAUGAUACAAUAUUUAAGCUAUUAUAUUUCUGACACUAUUUUUAGUUUCAAUGAUUUAAAUGGAAAAAUUAUAAAACAAUUUUAAUUCCAUUCAUUCAUUAAUCUUUUAUGUAUAAGUCUGUUUUCUCUGUUGACCACCCUGUCCAUGUUAUAAAUGAAAAUGUGUAUAUGCUUUAGAAUAAUUUUUAAAAAUUGAGUUUAUAUUCAAUCAGUAUUUACUAUCCUUUUCAUUUCGUCAUGAAAUACUACGGCCUCAUUUUGCUAUUUUGUCACCUGUACUCCUCACUGUUCAACUAGAUGUUGUGAUUGUGUGUCUAGCUACGUGUGAUGUGCAACCUGAGCACAACAGAAAUGCUACAGGACAAGCAGACUUUGAAUAAUCUUAUAUAAAUCUAAGCCACAUUCCGUAAAUGCUUCCUGUAGGUACUAUUGUGUAAUAGACGUGUUUUCUUAGCUUUUAUGAAGCUUAAUUUGUGUUUAUUUUAAAUAUGCCUUAGCGUUCUACAAUAUUCAAAGUCUCUGUGAUAAUACAAAGCUGUAUUUGUUGUAUAUAAUUAGUAGUUUUAGAAAGAACUACAGUGCAUUUUUUUCAUACAUCAUGGGUAUUCAUACAUGACAUUUUGAUUUAAUGUGUUUAAAAUUAGGAGUAGACUUCUAAAAUUCUAGAGUAGCUAUAGGUUUCUAUUUUUAUGGUAUAUGUGAUGCACAUUUGUUGUAGAAAAAUCUAGAAAAUAGUAUAAACGUUUUAGAUGAAGAAUUUUAAAAUUAUUUCUUUUUAUUUCAAGCUAUAGCAGUAAGCUCUUUAUAAUAGUAAUUCUGUUUGAAGGCUAUAUAACUUUUGGAAGUGGUGCAUUUUUAAAUUACAGAAUUAUGCUUAUUGUUUUAUAAUUAUAAACUAUACAUGCAGGAUUUUUUACAUGUAUUGAAGACUGAUUUAUUAAGCAUAUUGUUUAUUUUUAUAGAUGUAUGAUUGGACAAAUUUAUGUAAUAGCAUAGCUUGAUUAGUUGAUAGUGUAAUACAGAGGCAUGUUACAUAUCUCCAACAUGAGAUUAAACUCGCCUCAGUAAAAAUAGAAAGCCUUGAUGAAAAAGCUUUUAGACUUUGAAAUAAUGCCAUCUAAAUAUUUUCCAAAACUUUCCUUAGAACAAACAACCUAGUUGCAUAAUUAUUUCCCUGAAUUUUCAGAACCAACUCUUUUAAUUUGUCCAUAUUCUAGAUAUCCUCAACCAAAAUUGUUUUAACCAUUCUUUUUGAAAGUUUAGUUAUAUUUAGUUAUCCACCCAUACACAAGUAUAUUCAAUUAAUAAUAAAACUUUUUUAUCAAGUGAAAAAAAUCACAAAUCACAUUUCAUUAGGUUGCAGAUAGUCAAAUUCACAUCAUAAUGAAAAUCAAGUAUUCCAAUAGAUUUUCUAGAAAUAUUUGUAUUUUAUUCCUUAUCCUGGAACCUUAUAUGUAUCAAUUACAUAUUGAUUUACUUCAUAAAAUGUUACUAUCUUUUGAAUACAGUUGACUUUUUAAAAAAUUUUCAGUGGCCGGGCACAGUGACUCAUGCUUAUAAUUUCAGCACUUUGGGAGGCCGAGGUAGGUGGAUCGCUUGAGAUCAGGAGUUCUAGACCAGCCUGGGCAACAUGGUGAAACCCUGUCUCUAUCAAAAAUGCAAAAGCUUAGCUGAGUUUAGUGGCACAUAUCUGUGGUCCCAGCUACUUGUGAGGCUGAGAUGGGAGAAUUACUUGAGUGGCAGGGGGUUGUGGGGGAGGUUGCAGUGAACCUAGAUCAUGCCACUACACUCCAGCCUGGGUGGCAGAGUGAGAUUCCAUCUGAAAAAACUUUUUUUUACAAAUAAAUAAAUAAAUAAAAACAUUUUCAUUAUUUUUGUCUGAAAACAAGGAAGAAACAUUAGAUACAAUAAUGCUUUCAUUAGUUAGAGAAAAGUUUAAGUAGUACUGCUCUUACUCUUAUUCAGUAGUAGUGAAAAGUAAAACAAAGAUGCAGCUCUAAAGAAAAAUGUUAUUUACCGAAAUCUAUAAUAUAUAUUUAUUAUAUGUCAGUUCUAACCUCAAUUACAAAAUCAAUGCAGAGCACCAUUUCAGUGAUAUAACUUAAGAGAAUUGAUCGUAAACAACUGUUAUGUUAUCCAAAAAUAUUUUUGGUAAUUCAAACAUGCAGCUUGAAUAGUUGUUGAGUGACACAAACUUGAAGUAACUAAAAUUAUUUUUAGAAAUUGACUGGCUCUUUUGACAUGUAAAUACAGAUGUAGUCUCAUAUUCAAACUAGUUUAUGGCCUCUUAAAUGAGAGACUACAUUUUAUCAUUAUUUUUAUUAAUUUCAUCACUUGUUAUUCAAAACUAUGAAUCGAGUGUAUUUUUUUUUGCAGAAACAUAUACACAUCAUUUAUGAUGCUCAGAUUAAAUAAUUACUUUUUUUUUAAGACACAGUCUUGCUCUGUCUCCCAGGCUGGAGUGUAGCAGCCUGAUCUCGGCUCACUGCAACCUCCGCCUCUUGGGUUCAAGAUUCUUCUGUCUCAGCCUCCUGAGUAGCUGGGAUUACAGGCAUGUGCCAUCAUGCCUGGCUAAAUUUUAUAUUUUUAGUAGAGAUGGGGUUUCGCCAUGUUGGCCAGGCUGGUCUUAAUCUCCUGACCUCAGGUGAUCUGCCCACCUUGGCCUCCCAAAGUGCUGGGAUUACAGGGGUGAGUCAGCACACCUGACCAAAUAAUUACUUUUUUUACACAAAAUUAAUUAUCCAAGAGAAGCUGCUGAUAUCUUCCAGAUGAUAAUCAUGGCUGUGUUUACAUGAUACCAAAACAUCUGGAGGCAAAAUACAAUUUUUUACUACAUUUAGGGCUAUUUUGCUGACCUGACAAAAUUAUUUGACUACAUAAAGACACAGACUUUAGUACUACAGAAUGAUGUUGUAAGUAGUUUCGUUUUCGAUAGACAAAGACUUUUACAUGCUAUAUAAAGUUGUCAUUAUCUGAAUCUAGAAUAAUUGAUAACAGCUAACAACAGAAUUCCACACAGUGCUGCAAUUCAAUUUUACAUACAUACAUUUCAGUUGUGUAUAAAGCCAUACACUUAUUUAUUUCUAAAUAAACACAAAUUACAGAAAUGAGAGGGAAUAUACAAUUAAAUCUUUUUAGGUGUCUGAACUGAAAGAUAAAUAUACCAAACCCAUGUUUAGAAGUUGAUAAAACUAAUUGUGUGUCCAGAAGAAAAGUCAUAUUAAUUUGAUGUUUAAGCAAUUCUAACGUAUUAGAAUUAAAAUGCGUUAGUGUGUGUGUAAGCACAGAUAUGUUUGCAUAUAUGUGUGCAUAUUUGUUUGUCAGAUUUCCAGCAGAAAACGUAAUAUAAACUGCAAACUAAAAAAUUCUUAAAAGAUUUUGCAUCUACAUUUACAAUGUUAUUGUCCCCCUUUACACUAUUAUUCCUUGCUUCUAAACUAUAAUCAUCGAGUAUCCCUUAUAUCAUCCCAUAUAUAAUCUUUCAUUUGGAAAAUUCCUGUCGUAUCGAGUACAUUCUGUAUAUGUCCUGUGUUUUCUUCUUUUAAUCAAAUUGGCCGUUUCCCAAAUGAUCACAGAUCCAGUAAUGUUAAAGUACAUAUAAAAAAAAUUAAACUGUUUUUUUUGUUAUCUUAGUAUUAGUACAGAUUGUGCUUCUCACACACACACAAAUAAAAAUAAAUUUGCAUUCCGUAACUGCCAACUUCUGCCCAGUUGUUAUAACUAAAAUAUAUCCAAAUAAAAGUUCAUUAAAACAAUCCUUUUUAUUUUGCAUUGUUACAUUAUUUUAUUUUAAUAACUAUGAAAAUAAGUAGUUCUCUGUUAGUGUCAGAUUUGCAGUUUCAUAUGUCUUCAACUUAAUGGGUUUAAUUUACAUCUUCAUCAAAUGGCUAUGGUAUAGGUUUACCAUAAUUAUAUACAUGAAUACAUGCCUACCUAUGUAUAUAGAAACAAAUGUUUUUGUAAACAGCUCAGUGAGGACUUUGGACUGACAUCAAUUAUAGGAAUGUGAUUAUGAAUAUACAUUCAAUUUUCAAAUUGAGCAAUGGGUAUACAGUUUGUUAUCAUUUCUGAUUUUGAGUAGAGUUAGUAAUAAGAACAGUGUUGAAGAAAAGCAGUAUAAAAUUAAAAUUAUGGAGAUUUAAAAUACAAGAGGAUUCAUAAUAGUCACUUUAAAAACAUUGUUUUUGCUUUGUACUUUGGAGCUGUAAUUUAAAAAAAAAGAAUGAACAGGUUUUUGUAUGAAUAUAUUAGAAUGACUAAUUAUAGAGCAUCUUUCAACUGGAAUACAUGUAGAUACUAAAACCUGGUUGUAUUUGAUGUAAUUUCAGUGCAUGCAUUGUGUGUAAUCUGUAUUAAGUGAAAUAUCUAUAAAUAAAGUUGUUUCUGCAUUCCAAUAA